AUGCUGAUUGGUUACGUAGAUUCGCCAUGUGUUUACGACUUGAAGAAGAACAAGCCGGGUAUCAAGCCUGGAGCUGUCGAGAGUUUGAAUCGAAGAGUAGAGGUUUUGGAGAAUGCUUUACUGAACAAGACUAACAGCGAAGGAGAGAACUAUUCAAGCUCCAGCGGAUACGGGCAGCCGAGCAGCGGACCCGCCGAGUCUCAAAAUGUUGUCGGCAUUCUCUCUCUGCUGGCUCGGGAGUUACAUAAACUGAACUCAAAGACAAAGAUUGGAUCGCAGGCUGGUACACCAGAGGGUGUCGCUGAUCAAGCCGUGUUCUCUCCAACAACUUCCAGCUCGUCAAGACGGCACACAGUCGAUGGCUUAGAGAUUGUCUCGCAUCCACAUAACCAGCCACGAAAGAGGCGGAGAGUAGACAGCUGCGGCAACCCGAACAUCGAUCUCGCGUUCCCUCUAGAAGAUUUGGAAAACAUAACCACAAGUCUACCAUCACCGGAAUUGCUGGAGGAUGUCAUCAACAUCCACUUCAACAUCAUCCAGCCAUGGAUUCCCAUUCUUCACGAGACGCAGUUCCGGCGGCGAGUCCAUGAUCCCGAGCAACUCCCACGGCUAGUUGUUGUUCUUCAUGCAAUGGUAGUUGCCGCUCUUCGCUUUGUCGAUAACCCCGAAACUCGACUACCAGCUCAUGAGGUUGAGCGCCGAACGUCCAAGUCAAGAAAUGUUGUGAUUCUCAAUGCAAUGGAUCACCUUUCAGUUGAGAAUCUGCAAGCCUUGAUUAUAAUUGCGUUCAACGAUAUUGGAAACGGCGACGCCUCGAAAGCAUGGUCAAUUGUUGGGUCUCUUACUAGGACGGUAGAAUACCUUCAGUUGAGCGUCGAAUCGGAUCACCAGGAUAAGGAACCUCUCCUGAAGCCAUUGCCAUCAAUAACUCCUCCUCAAAACUGGACAGAGGAGGAAGAACGGCGUAGGGUCUUUUGGAACGUCUUCAACUUAGACAGAUUCUGUUCAGUAACAACUGGAUGGAAUACAAGCUUGACCUCCGAUGACGUCUAUCGUAGAUUGCCUGCAGAUGGCGGCCUGUGGCAUAAGGAAGAGCCCGUCAUCACACCAUAUUUCGGUAUCUGGGAUCGAUCCGCAGCAAAGAUUGGCAACUCUAUCGCCUUCUUGCCAGCGCACUACCCUAGUCCGGAACAGACAGCCGAAGCACCUCCGCAAACACCAAUCACCACGCACCCCAAUAAAGGGCCGAACACGGUCGAUAUGACAACAGUCGGCGCAUUUGCCUACUGCAUAGAGGCCACGGAAUCAUUAAGCAGAGUGACGACCUACUUCCUCCAACAGAAGAUCAACUUCCAGGACAGACAAGAAGUCAGCAGCUGGCUUACAAGAUUCAAAGAGCUUGACUUAAGGCUCGUGCAUUGGAAGAUGUUUCUACCCCAGAAGUGGAAGGAUUCAAACAUCUCUCGCCAGCCCGCAUUGAUCAACAUGGACCCAAAUUUGACCCUGGCCCAUGUCACGCAUAAUACCUCAAUGAUUCUGCUCCAUCAGCGCAUAGCGUACCCAGAUUCUCGAUGGGCUAACAUCGUCAAGCUUCCCAGCCUUUGCAGUUCGGAAACAUGCCAAGUUGCUGCUAUUGAGACCGCCACAAUCACUCAGAAGUAUCUCAAAUACACGCCGGAAAAUAGCCCGGCGACAAGCCAAUUCGCAUUUUGCGUGUUCAUAAGCGCCAGGGUUCUUCUGGUGCAAUGGCGCAACUCUUCUGAAGCAGACCUGACCCCGGAAUUCUGGCUGUUAGUUGAGGGCCUCGAGGAGAUGGCUAAACGCUGGGUUGGCCCCAUACUCCGACAAAAGCUUGGCCAAUGUCUCGCCGGGAAGUACGCAGCUCAACUGCGAGAACUUCACAGCAAGUGUGAAACGGAUGGUGACUUCACCGUGGACGUACUCGGGUAUUCCAGCGGAAUCAGUGGGCAAGGAUGUAGUCCAUCUACCCAAACCCCUGUCUUCAGCCAUCAGCAGGGGAACGCUCUCUUCUCACAGCCAUCCAACAAGUUGGCACAACCUCAAUCUUCGAGCCCUUUAGCCCCUCAUCAGACUGCUACUGUUUCUCACGGCGCACAUUCAAGGCCGCCUCCCAUGUUUCCCAACCAACAAUCCCCUGGAAAUCUUCGGCAAGGCUCAGUGCUUGGACAUAUGGCAUCGCCUUUGCCCAUGACAGGGUUCACCCCUCGGGAUUCCGAUGCUCCUGACGAGCUCUCCACGAUUUCUCACAUGUUAAUGGAUCCACGAUUCAUGGAGAUGGACAGAAUCAUCAGUUUCGAUGACAUGAUGUUCACAGCGCAGACUGCAAAUCCUGGCAAUUCAGGGUUGCCUGUAAACGGGUGGACUCAAGUCGACAACUCGCGUUUGGAGUAA